ACUAACCCCCGGGAACUUUCACCGCUCUGGGACUACACAGAGGCACCAUGCUGUACUGGCACAACCAGACGGAGCAUUACUGGCCAGCUCAAACCGAACACUACCACCAAUAUGUCAACUCCAACGCAGGCCGGGACGUGCUGCCACUGCCACUCUUCAAGCACGAGGACUCUGCCCUCUCUACAGACCAUGAGCCCAGUGCCGUCAGCUUCCAGUACGUUCUGAGCGCCGCCACCUCACCUGCUGUUAAACUUCAUGAGGAGACACUCACCUACCUCAACCAAGGUCAGUCCUAUGAGAUCCGGAUGCUGUGCAAUCAGAAUAUACGGGGACUGAUGGAAUCAAACGGGAAGCUACUGAAGAGCACAGUCCGGGUGGUGUUCCACGACAGACGUCUCCAGUACAGUGAACACCAACAGUUCCAGGGGUGGAAGUGGAAUAGGCCAGGAGACCGGUUGCUUGACAUCGAUAUUCCCCUGUCAGUCGGAAUUGUCGAUCCUCGAGUAAACCCCAUCUUGCUGAAUGCUGCGGAGUUCCUCUGGGACCCCAAGAAACAAACCUCUGUCUCCAUUCAGGUACACUGUAUCAGCACGGAAUUCACUCCCAGGAAGAAUGGCGGAGAGAAGGGGGUCCCUUUCAGGAUCCAGAUCGACACAUUCAAGAUGAGCGAGAAUGGAGACUACACUGAGCAUCUGCACUCCGCCAGUUGCCAGGUCAAAGUGUUUAAGCCCAAAGGUGCGGACAGAAAACUGAAGACCGAUAGGGAGAAAGUGGAGAAGCGCUCGCCGCAGGAGAGAUCCAAGUAUCAGCCAGCGUUCGAGGCCACAGUGCUAACGGAGUGUUCCCCUUGGCCUGACACUGUGUCCACCUCGAACACAAGCCCAGCCCGCAGCCCAGGUUACAGUCCAGACUCUCCCAUCCCCUUCCACGCCACAGAGGGUGGCUGCUCUUCCCCAACACAUCAGGGAGACAGGGCAGGACUAAACCCGAUAGAGCAUCUGUCACCAACGUUAACGAUCCAGGAGACACAACAAUGGCUUCAUCGCCACCGAUUCACCACCUUCUGUAAACUCUUCGCCAAUUUUUCAGGUGCUGAUCUACUUAAACUCUCACGAGACGAUAUCAUUCAGAUCUGCGGCCCGGCCGAUGGAAUCAGGCUCUUCAACGCGUUGCGACUGAGGUCCAUUCGUCCCCGACUUACCAUUUACAUAUGUCGGGAACCCCAGCAAGGAAAAGAACCAGAGAAUUCCCCGGACACUCCCAGUACGUCGGUGUGUGUAUACAAGGAAAUCUACCUGGAGGAUUUGACAAAAGCCGAACUGACAAACAAGUUGGCAGCUCUGUUCAGCAUUUCACCAAACCAGAUUCUCCAGAUUUACCGGCAGGGCGUGGCUGGGAUCCACAUACUAGUCGGUGAUCAGAUGAUUCAGAACCUUCCGGAUGAAUCUAGCUUCAUAAUCAACUCCCUGAAAGUAGACAGCCUGGGCGGAUACUACAUGAUAUUAAAAUAGAGCUUCUGCAUCUGGAAAUUAAACCAUUGGAAGCAACAGCUGGAGCAGAGAUCAAUCCUGUGGAAAGCUUUGUGCAAUCUUGGCAUCACAAUCUAACCUCCUCCUCCACAGAGCGCUGAAUGGCACGGAAUUAUUCACCUCAAACGAUGUUUGGGAUACUAGCCUGGAUUCUCUCAAAAUGAGUUCAUAAACCCUCCACUGAAUAUUUAGAUCAACUACAUAAAACUAUUGGUUGUCCACCAGCCACUCUGGGCUAUCUUUAUGCCCGGGCAUUGUAUUAAUGACAUUGAGCAGAUGCCUGUGUGAAUAGCUGUUGUUCUACUACUAGAUGUUGGAAUUGAACCAGAUCUCAGCAGUCAAGACCAGAUCAUACCUCUGCACGUUUCCGCUAUGCCUUCUGGUGUCACCAUCCAGCUACCAUCUGCCCUCUUCUGUGCAUACGUCAGUGGUCUGAGUUUGGCAAGUCACCUUUAACAAGGCUCAAUAAUGAACCUUCAGAAACCUUCCUGCAAUUGAGGAACUCAAGCAACAGGGCAAGGCCAAAGUGAAUUGAACACAAACAUGUAGCAUUAAUAGUCUUGGAUGUCGGCUGGGAACAUGUUAAAGGGUGAGGGGAUGCACUGACAUCAAGUCAUGCUGCCUGCCGUCCCGAUCACUCCGAAGGUUUAACUGUUCUACAGAAACCAUGUAACAGCUCGACUAGUUUCCAAUGUUAACAUCAAUAUAAGCCUUUGCAGGUACUUCCUUUUUAAUCAGUGUAAACAUUUACACAGGCAAUGUGAAAUGGCAAGGUUCCUUUUCUAAAACGCGUACUGAAAAAACAAAUAAAGAUAGUCCAUGUUCGGUGUUCUGACUUUAUUGAUAA